CGAGCCCGGGGGGCGGGCGGCGGCGCUGGGGAUGGGGAAGGAGCAGGAGCUGCUGGAGGCGGCCCGCACCGGGCACCUCCCGGCCGUGGAGAAGCUGCUGUCGGGGAAGCGGCUGUCGUCGGGCUUCGGGGGCGGCGGCGGCUCGUCGUCGGGGGGCUCCGGGGGCGGCGGCUCGGGGGGCUCCGGGGGCGGCCUGGGCUCCUCCAGCCACCCGCUCUCCAGCCUGCUCAGCAUCUGGAGGGGGCCGAAUGUGAACUGCGUUGACAGCACCGGCUACACACCUCUGCACCAUGCUGCUCUGAAUGGCCAUAAGGAUGUGGUUGAGGUUCUUCUGAGGAACGACGCGCUGACCAACGUGGCUGAUUCGAAAGGCUGUUACCCUCUGCACUUGGCAGCUUGGAAAGGGGAUGCCCAGAUUGUGCGGUUGCUCAUUCACCAAGGGCCCUCACAUACCAGAGUCAACGAACAGAACAACGACAACGAGACGGCUCUGCAUUGCGCAGCGCAGUAUGGCCACACGGAAGUGGUGAAGGUCCUCCUCGAGGAGCUGACGGACCCUACUAUGCGCAACAACAAAUUUGAGACACCCCUGGACCUGGCUGCGCUGUAUGGGAGACUGGAGGUGGUGAAGAUGCUCCUGAACGCACACCCCAACCUCUUGAGCUGCAACACUAAGAAGCACACCCCUCUGCACUUGGCAGCAAGGAAUGGCCACAAGACCGUGGUGCAGGUCCUCCUGGACGCUGGCAUGGACAGCAACUACCAGACGGAGAAGGGCAGUGCUUUGCAUGAGGCUGCUUUGUUUGGCAAGACCGAUGUGGUGCAAAUCCUGCUGACUGCAGGAAUUGAUGUCAACAUAAAGGAUCCCCGUGGACUGACCGCCCUAGACACUGUCCGGGAACUACCUUCUCAAAAGAGUCAGCAGAUAGCAGCACUGAUUGAAGAUCACAUGACUGGAAAAAGAAGUGCAAAGGAGGUAGAUAAGACCCCCACGCCUCAGCCAGCUCUCAUCUCCAAUGUGGACUCCAUAUCCCAGAAAUCUCAGGGUGACGUGGAGAAAGCAGUGACUGAGCUGAUCAUGGAUUUUGACAUAAAUGCAGAAGAGGAGGGUCCCUACGAAGCGCUGUAUAACGCUAUCUCCUGCCACUCGUUGGACAGCAUGGCCAGCGGGCUAUCAUCGGACCGUGACUCCAUGAGCAAGGAUUCCGAGGCAAUGGGAAUGAAAGCUGCAGGAGUCAGGCCUAGGGAACGUCCACCGCCUCCAGCAAAACCACCGCCUGACGAAGAGGAUGACGACCACGUGGAGAAGUUUUUCCCCUUGACUGCUUCUGAGAUCUUGGCUAUGAGACCCCGCAGUUCUACAAGGGAAGAGGAUGAACAUCCCUAUGAGCUGUUGUUAACAGCAGAAACAAAGAAGUUGGUGUCAGUGGAUGGAAAACUGAAAGACCACAGGCGGAGCAGCAGCAGCCGGAGCCAGGACUCAGUGGAGGGGCAGGACGGGCAAGUGCCAGAGCAGUUCUCGGGCCUCCUGCACGGCUCCUCCCCAGUGUGUGAAGUGGGGCAGGACCCUUUCCAGCUGCUCUCUGCCGCCGGCCCAGCUCACCCAGAAGAGGCCGCCACGCAGGGCACCUGCCCGGACACUAGCAUGCAACUGGAGGAGACGGGUCUGCCGGCUCCCGGAGCCUCCCCACCCUGUGCCCUGGACCAGAGUCGGAGAGCCGGCUACCCGGCGGGCCUGCCCACCACCAGCAGCCAAUCGCACCCCGAAACUUUGACUCAUAGCCCAUCUCCACACCCUGGUGGUGCCGAGGAAGAAGGAGACCGGAGUGGGGCCAGAAGCCGGGCCCCUCCCACCAGCAGACCCAAAGCUGAACUCAAACUCAGCCGCAGCUUGUCCAAGUCGGACUCGGAUCUCCUGACCUGCUCCCCCACAGAGGACACCACCAUGGGGAGCAGGAGUGAGUCCCUGUCCAACUGCAGCAUCGGGAAGAAGAGGCUAGAGAAGUCUCCCUCCUUUGCCUCCGAGUGGGAUGAGAUCGAGAAAAUCAUGAGCUCUAUUGGAGAGGGGAUUGACUUUUCUCAGGAACAGCAGAGGAUCUCAGGUUCGCGGACGCUGGAGCAGAGCGUCGGGGAGUGGCUGGAGGCGGUGGGGCUGCAGCAGUAUGAGAGCAAGUUGCUUCUGAAUGGCUUUGACGAUGUCCGCUUCCUGGGAUCCAACGUGAUGGAAGAGCAGGACCUGCGGGACAUCGGCAUCAGCGACCCGCAGCACCGGCGGAAACUGCUCCAGGCAGCAAGGUCCCUGCCCAAGGUGAAGGCUCUGGGCUACGACGGGGGCAGCCCCCCUUCCGUGCCCUCCUGGCUGGAAUCCCUGGGCCUGCAGGACUAUGUCCACUCCUUCCUGUCCAGUGGCUACAGUUCCAUCGACACUGUGAAGAACCUCUGGGAACUGGAGCUCGUCAACGUCCUGAAGGUUCACCUACUUGGCCACCGCAAGCGCAUCAUUGCCUCCCUCGCCGAGAGGCCCUAUGAGGAGCCGCCCCAGAAGCCGCCACGGUUUUCCCAGCUGCGGUGCCAAGACCUGCUCUCGCAGACGUCCUCGCCCCUGAGCCAGAACGACUCCUGCACCGCGUGGUCGGCUGACCUGCUGCUGCCCCAUGGGGAUGCAGGCCGGAGGAGGCAUGACAGUCUCCACGAGACAGCAGCACCCUCCCGCCUGGAGCAUCUGCGAGUCCAGGAGGAGCCCCGCGAGGCACGGUUGACCCUCCGGCCCCCCAGUCUGGCCACCCCCUACGCUCCCGUACAGAGUUGGCAGCACCAGCCCGAGAAGCUCAUCUUUGAGUCCUGCGGCUACGAAGCCAAUUAUCUGGGCUCCAUGUUGAUCAAAGAUCUGCGGGGAACGGAAUCCACGCAGGACGCCUGUGCCAAGAUGCGGAAAUCCACCGAGCACAUGAAGAAGAUCCCCACCAUCAUCCUUUCCAUCACUUACAAAGGGGUCAAGUUCAUUGAUGCCUCCACCAAGAACGUCAUCGCGGAGCACGAGAUCCGCAACAUCUCGUGUGCGGCCCAGGACCCCGAGGACCUCUGCACCUUUGCCUACAUCACCAAGGACCUGCAGACCAGCCACCACUACUGCCACGUGUUCAGCACGGUAGACGUGAACCUGACCUACGAGAUAAUCCUGACGCUGGGGCAGGCGUUCGAGGUGGCCUAUCAGCUGGCCCUGCAGGCCCAGAAGUCCAGGCCACUUGGAGCCUCCGCGGCGGACACGAUAGAGACAAAAGCUUCCAAGCCGGUGCCUAAGCCUCGGGCCACUUCCAGGAAGUCUACAGUGCCGCCGCCCCCUGAUAGUCGCUGUUGUCACUGUCACAUGUGCACAACCCACCGUCCUUCCUACCUACCGCUGCCGUCUGUUAGUCCCGGAGUCAAGUUGGAGCCGCCCGAUAUGGACCAAGAUGCCCAGCACCACGCCAGCGUCUCCUGGGUUGUGGACCCCAAACCGGAGUCUAAGCGGAGCCUGAGCACCAACUGAGCCACCGAGGAGCCAAGUGCUGUGGAAACACAGACGUGGGGGCCCAGCUCCCACCACCUCCGCCGCCGCAGCUGCUGCUGUACCUCCGACGCCGCACGGGUCUGGCCCAGCAGGCCCUGCCCUGGUGGCCGAGCCACGCACCCGGCCUCUGGCUGCCGAGACUGGAACUGCAGACGGUCAAGAAGGGACUUGUCUGGGACACAUUUUUAAUAGACAAAUUUUAUAAAUGAACUUUGACACUUGGCUCAAACCCCUGGGUUAAACUGCCGAUCUUUAGACACGCGUGUAGGGGUCCCGACCAGGAAUGGGGUGGAUCUCAGGGCUGUGCAGCAGAGCCCAUGGGAGGGAGGGUGACCUCGUGUCCCACAUCCCCACCCAUCCAUCAGGCUUGUGAGGCACACAGCUUCCCAACCUACUCACAGCUGGAUGAGCCUGUAGGAAGCAAAGGUGGGGCUCCUGAUCCGCUUCUGGGGUUCUGAGUUUGGUGGGGUGGCCAAGAACCAAGCGGUGCUCUCAGGAGGCUGAGGGGGCCUGAGGAUGGGCCCUACAUUGUCUGAGCCAAGCCCGCAGCCCUCCAGGUCCAUGGUCUGCCUGAGCCAAGUUAGGACGGAGGAAACGCAGCUUUGGGGCUCACUGGUGGGCAUGUCGGCCAAGAUCCCGCCGGCCAGUGUGAGCACUGAGGUUUGUGCCAAGGGUCCUCGUUGCUCUGACUUGUAUUUUCAGCUACUGGGCACAUCUCUGGCCUCAUGUGGGCAACUGCCUGAUGAGGGGGUCCCCCACCACAUCCUCCCUGAGGGGGUGUCCAAUACUUUAGCCACCACCACCACCCCACUUGCUUUGCUUUUGCGCUUAGAUGGUCAGAGAGAGCCUGGCAGAAUAAAAGCAGGCACCUUGGGGGGGACCGAGAAGAGCACUACUCCUGGCUGCUCUAAGGCUCCCAACUAGAUGCUUCCCUCUCCUGCUAAGGCUGGCCUGGAAAUGCCUCUGCUGUGAGUGCGUGGGUGCCGGAAAUGCUUCCCUGGGCACGGCCACCACCCCAGAGUCGGCUGUGCUGGGGUGGGCCAUGGCCAUCCACGCCUUGGUACCUGCACGCACCUGCUGGGGCCGCUUCUCCUGCUCUUCCCUGCUCCUCCUAGCACUUCUGAGUGGGCAGCAGCAGGAGGACACGACACACUAGGAACCCUCCCUGCCCUGCCCAUCCCUCGGCUGCAGUCCCUCCUUGGAAGCUGCUAUCUCUCUCUCUCCCUUAUUUAUUCAGGGGGACUUCGUCUGCUCGGGGUUCAGCUUGGAGAGGGGUUUAUUUCUGCCUGUCACGGCAGGAAGGGACGCCAUCCUUCUCUACUCCUCCCAGGCAGGGAAGGGAUCCUCUGGCUGUGAGAACAGGCCUCUGCCCUGGCGGGUCCGCAUGUGACCACACCAGGGCUGAGACUGGCUUCAGAGCCCGUGGCUGGCAGCUUCUCUAAGCAGACAGCUCCCCACAGGGCAGGCCAUGUUCACAGUGCUCCCCACACCUCCGGCCUCUGUAGCAGCUCCCUGGGCAGCUCCGUGACCAGCCUGAGGCUGAGCCAUGAGAGCGAGUGACCCGGCCACUGCAGUGUCGACAGUGGCCAGGGAUCUGGAUUGUAAUAAAACGUUAUUUAAUCAACGUCUCUGUAUUUUGAUACUUGAAUGAUUCCCCCUUUGUUUUACUGUACAUACUGUUAAUCUGUUCAAUUUUGUCUGAAUUGCCCAGACCUUGUGGUACCAAACAUAGCCGAGCUGUACAACAACAGGGACUGACCUCACGACAUGGGCCAGAGUGGGAAUCUCCUGGGCUUCCAGCUUGGUUUGGUUAUUUUUUCAUAACUGUACAACUUAGACUGAAUAAAUGAGAAACAACAUGAAACCA